UACCUUACUAUGGUUUUUCCCAUUGGGUUUUCCUGGAAAUGUUUUUUAACGAGGCAACAAAGACGUUAAGCGAGAGCGAAUAGUGACUCCUCCUUGCACUAUUUGGGGUCAUAUAGAGACAGCGCCGCAUAAGUUGAAAAUAUAAAGGAUGUGGGGUCCGCUGCACUAUUUGCACAGUAAAUUUCUUUUCUAUAUAUAUGAUCGAUUUCGAUCAUUUGUAAAUCAUCACACAUCGAAAACUCUUCUCUUCCUUUCAAUAAGAAACUCUCUCUCUAUAUCAGUGUUAUCUUCUCCUACGGGUAUAAAAUUUUGCUUCAUUUAAAUUCCUGCGAUAUAAUAAAAUACAAGUUCUUUUCAUAACACUAUUUUUAUAUUUCCUAAUAAUUGAAAAGAAUAUAGUUUGUUGUUAUCUAAUGUGCCACUACUCUUUCAUGUCUCCCCCUAUAUUUUAUUUGGCUUACUCUUACGUAUCAUUCCAAUCUUGAACAAAAAGAGCAUUUUGUUCCUUUUCUUCUUCAUCUUCAAUCAUUUCUGGUCUUUUUCCUUUCCUCGUUCCUUUCGUAAACCAAACCUUUUUUGUUCAUUUUGACAUUAUCGUCCAAGUGUCUCGGAUUCGAGCAUGUCAACAAGAUUCAAAGGGAUUUAUCAGAAGAGCUUCAAGUGUUUCUCCGACAUUUCGGAUGAGAAGGAUGAGGAGAUGGAUAUAGGUUAUCCUACAGAUGUUCGACACGUGUCACAUAUCGGUUGGGAUAGUUCAUCGAGUAGUGCACCGAGUUGGCUACGUGAAUUCAAGACGAGCAACAACGUUUUUGAGCCAAAUUCAUCGUGGCCGUUUACAGAUUUGAAAUCAGCCAUGGAAGCAUUUGGAGAAGUUGAAAGCAGCAAAGAAUUGGGGAAAGAAUCAACGAAACAAUACCUGAAGAAGAAGCUCUCUUCAAAAGCCUCUAAGUUGUGUAAUCCAUGGUCACCAAGAUUCUCAAGAUCAAGCAAGGUCAUUGCUUGAUUAUUUUAACUUUUAGUUCAUUGCCGUUGUAUAUAUAAUAAUAUAGAGAAUAUAGUGAGAUAUCAAUGUUGUUGUUUUCAUUCGAGAUAUCUAUCUUCAGAAGUGUGUACAUAUUAAUAUUGAAAGCGUCUUUGCAAUGAUAUUGGAAUUGCUUUA